UACUGCCAUACAUAUGUACAAGGACAACCCAAAAUAAGUGGACGUCGUGGAAAAGGCAUAAAGUUUCAUCACUUAUUAUAUAUUGUUGAUUCCCAGACAAUUUCCCUUUGUCGAAGUGGAAACACUGUGGGUUAUGCACAGUUUUGCAGGUUGGAUGGACUAACAGACAGGCCAAUAGCUGGCUACACAAAUCUCUGCCCGAAUAACAUAGAACUUGGUUAUGAAAAUAUUAGACUGGCUAUUUCAACUAUGGCACACGAAUUGGGCCACGUUUUGGGUUUCAACUCGGAAGCUUUCAGAUAUAUGCGAGACGAGCGUGGUGAACCAAGAACGAUGCGUGAACCUGCUACGAAUGAGCCUAUUUUAACGGAUUCACUAGGAUACAGAAUUCCAGACGAAUCAGUUUUAAGCAAUGUUACUCGUAUUUGGAAGUCUGCUAAAACAACAGUUUAUCGCCAUUCGACUGCGCUUAAAACACCAAUGAUGCUGAAAAUGGCGAAAGAAUACUUCAACUGUCACGAACUUGACGGUGUUGAACUUGAUAACAACGAUCAAGUGUAUGCUAGAGGUCAUCUUGAAAAAAGGCUAAUUGAUAAUGAAUUAAUGACUCCUCUCCUUUCAUCACGUUCAUAUAUAUCGAAAAUCACACUUGGAUUUUUCGAAGACACUGGAUGGUACCGUGUGGAUUAUUCAAAAGCUAAUCCAAUAGGAUAUGGUAAACAUCUUGGUUGUAAUUUCGUUAUGAAAAGUUGCUAUGAGUAUAUGCAAAUUCAACGAGAAAGAAGACAAAGUUUUUACCCAUACUGUGAUCAAAUAAGCUUCAGUAACACUCUCUGUCUAAAGCAUGAAAAUGCAUAUGGUUUUUGCGAUCUGAAGCAAUAUUAUUCGCCUCUGCCACUUGAAUUUCAGUACUUUGAUAAUCCAAGACUUGGUGCAGCUGACCGUUACCGAGAUUAUUGUCCAGCCUAUGUGGAUCCAUUUUUAGUUUCUAGUUGCAGACCUGGAUUAUAUCAAAACAACCAUAGUAAAGCAUUUGGUCGACCAUUUACUGGGACGAGAAAUAUUUAUUCAUACUGCAAUACUCCCGAAAAACAGUCUGAAGUUCACGAAAACAAAAACUACAUGCUUCAUUACUUUGGUAAAUCUUCUGUGUGCAUAAACCAUGACAGUACCAGACACUGGCAAGUGUCUAAACAACAUGAAAUUUUCGAGGAAACUUCACCCAAAUCUUCAUGCAUGAGUCAUAUAUGUUCUGAGAUUGAAGGAUUGAUUUUGAUUCUUGAAAAUAAAGAACUCGUUUGUCCUAUUAAAGGUAAAUACAUUGAUUUCAGUCUAAGAGGAAAGUACUUCGAUAUUAACGGUUCAAUCAUUUGUCCACCAUGUAGAGAUAUUUGCAAAAUUCAUGCUACGUCAUAUGAUUCUUUAUCAAAACGGAGCACAGUCAACACUCAGUUGAAAUUUUCCAUCGUAUACACAUCGGGAUUUCAGAAUAAUACUCUGUUUGAACAGAUAAAGACAAAAAUUGUUUUGCCUGCGCUUACGUACUGGGAAAAAUCAUUAGGUGUGAAGAAGAUUGCUUCAGACAAUAUCAUACUUGAGAGACAAUGUUUGGAUGGGCAAACGUCAUAUGUAAAAUGGCCAAAUGGUACAAUUGGUAUAUAUUGCAAUAAAGGUUGUGAAAAUAUCACUAGAUGUUUCACAGAACCCAUACCUGAUAACUAUCUUAAUGGAUGUAAAACGUUUGUUGCGAAUAAGCCUAGUAUACAAGGUUCAAGAGGAUCAGGAAUACCACCAAACGGUUAUUUGGUUUUUGUGGAUGCUUCAGCAACUGAACCAUGUCAAAGUGAAGAUUUGUUGGCUUAUGCACUGGCGUGUCAACUUGAGUUUGGUACUGACAGGCCAGUGGCAGGUUACGUUAAUAUGUGUCCAACUCAACUGUCAAUAAAGCCAGAAGACGUUCGUUCAAGUAUUUCUACUUUCAUUCAUGAAAUGGCACACGCUUUGGGAUUUUCAAGUACAUCAUAUGCAUUUCUACGUGAAGAAGAUGGUACACCACGUACACCUAGAGACCCUCAAACUAACUUACCUGCGCUUGGUCAAGAUUCGGACUAUAUUUAUCUAGCCAGUAAAUCGACUGUUACAAAGGUUCAGCGAAUCUGGGUUUCUGCAGUCUCCACAACUAUACGAACUAUAGAUGUCUUUGUGCUUCCAAGUGUAUUGGCAGAGGCUAGAGCUCACUAUAACUGUCCUACAAUGGAUGGAAUGGAUUUAGAAAAUGAUGGAGGAUCUGGAACAGCUUUUGUUCACUUUGAAAAAAGAAUCACUGAAGAUGAACUCAUGUCAGGAAGUUAUUCAAAAGAUUCUUACGUGUCUUCUUUAACGUUGGCCUACUUCAAAGAUACCGGGUGGUAUAAUGUAAAUAUGUCUAUGGCCCAAAAUUGGAGGUUCGGUAAAAACUGGGGAUGUGAAUUUGUUCAACUGAGUUGCUACGAAUACAUGAAAAUACAAGUGGCAAAGAAUAAUCCUAUCACCCCUUAUUGCAAUAAGCUUUCAAGCACUGAUGUAAAAUGCUUAGUUUACGACGAUGCCUUCGGCUCCUGUGACCUUCAGCGCCAAAAAGAGAAAGUACCUGGGGAAAAUCAAUAUUUUACCAGUAUAGAUGGUGUUUCUGCUUCUGACUUACCAUAUUAUGCAGGUGGACCUUCUUUAAGUGACCGCUGUCCAAUACACAGGUACAAUUGUUCAAGUGUUGGUAUUGAAUUACUUGUUGGACAACAAGUUACAAAAUGUUCUGAUGGAGAAUCUAUUCCAAUAAAUGCUUACAGUAAUAACAUUAAUGCCAGAGGAUUAGUACUAUGUCCAACUUGUAACGCAGCUUGCAGUCAUCGUAAUAUUGUUAUAUUAAUUGUUUUACCUGCUAAUUAUUUAUUAAAUUAA